UGGUUAUUGUGUUUUGUGGUUGCAAACUUGAAAGGUUUAGAAAACAUAACCAAAAACAAAAAAGCCAGAAAAUGAAUCUAAAAGAAAAAACAAUUCCUGUACCAAAAAUGAAUGCAACUAACUUGUAUGUAACCACAACACAAAUUAUAAUGAAAUCCGAUCCAAAAAAUCCUAAUUCCUGGCAAGAUCUCUACAGGCUGGUGCCGUAUCUGAGAAACUCUUUAUGUUGUGUUGUGUGUUCAUAUUUACUAGUGGACCCCCUGACACCCACGAUAGCUCAGUGUCAACAUCAUCUAUGUAGAUCUUGUAAAGGAGGCAGGAAGAAAAUCAAACCAGCUUGUGAAGGAUGUAAAGAGUGCAAUGACUAUACAGACAACAAAAGAUUACGAAUACUACUGCAAUGUUAUAAGAAAAUGUGCCUAUCUUUGAUAAAUUCACCACUGUUCAACAGUAUUAAUAUACAAGCUUCACAUCCGGGGAAUGGUUUUGAAAGAGGGGCCAGCAAUUUAAUCCAUUUGAUAAAGGAAGGAGCCUGUUUUGCAGCCGAGUAUACCAGUAAUGGAGGUUUGCCGAAGUCAGCUUAUUCAAUAUUGCCUUGUGUAUAUACUAAUUCAUCCAUUAUUCAAAGCAAUCAGUCUCGGCCAACAAAUAAUGAUAAUAGGAAUGCUUUAUUGAAUUCUAAUGUACAAAAUAAGUCGUUUUAUUCUGUUUUGUAUCCUGGGAGUGGUAGUAAAAUUACCCUUAAGAGGAAGCAAAAAGAUACUGCAACUUCUUCAACUAAAGCUCAUUUUACACCUACAAGGCAAAAAGAAUUUACAGAGAAGGCAUUGUUCAAGAAACCAUGUAAUGUUAAACCAAAAAAAGGCUGCAGAUGUGGUAAUGCAACAGCCACUCCUGGCAAAUUGACAUGUUGUGGGCAAAGAUGUCCUUGUUAUGUUGACAGUAAGGCCUGUUUAGAGUGCAAAUGCAGAGGGUGUAGAAAUCCACAUAGAGUUGAUGGCCAAAAGGUAAUGCCUCAUAUACCAGAAUUACAACAGAUUCAAAUAGUAUCAUCAACACAACCACCAGUAUUAGCACCAGAUAUACAAGAUGUGAAGAUAGAAGGAUUUGACUUGGAUACGUCAUUUACCACAUUUGAUCAAAUUGGUCUGGAUCAGAACUUUAAAACCUACAAAUUUGUUGGGGGGUAUAAUGCCAUGCCUUUAUCAUCAGAUUUAAUCCCUCUUGGUUUCACUGAGGAGGACAUGGAAUUAUCAGUGGUAUGAUCUUUGGAGAAUUCUCUAUUGUUUGGCUCAGACAAUGAGAUAUUAUCAUCCAGUGAUGCUUUCUGAGAUUUAUUCUACUUAAUCCUUACAGGUUAUUAUUCCUAUAUUAUGCUUCUAACUGAUCUUUUCUGUUAGGUGUUUAGUUUUUGCUUCAUGUAUUUUUGUUUCCUAAGCUUCUGAAUAUUUAGAUAUGGGUAUAACAAUAAUCAAUAAAAAUACUGUCAUUUGUGUUGAUGAUGAACUAGUUUUCCAAAAAGGUUUAGAGUCCAUGAAGGGGUCGGUCUGCCCUGAAAAUAACUCAAAUUUCAAGAUGAUCUGAUCUAUAAAAUUUUUGCGUUAAGUAGUAUAGAAUGUAUGAAUUUUAAACUGUCAUCAAACAUUUAUCUUUUUAUUUUAGUACUAGAUCGUACUUUAAAAUCCAUUUUUUUCCAAAUGCACACAUUUUUUGAUAUCCAACUUAAUAUUUUUAUAUGAACAUAAGGUUGCAACACUUCCCACUUCACAUCUAUAAUGAAACACACUGUGACAUAAAAACGUGUAUAUAAAGCGAAAGUGUUGGGGCACUGUAAUCGCAAUAAAAACAAGUGAAUUCUCAUUAUUAUUGUGUAUUCAUCUGUUUCAUUUAUUUUUAUUGUAUGUGCAAUGCUGAAACACUUUCAUUCUUACACACUGAAAAUCAAAUAUCGCUGACGUUGUAAUGUGUAAGAGAGAGAAGCGUGCAAAACGUCUGUUAGAAAGAGAUAGAAGCAUCUCGUUGCCUAGCAACCCGAGUACAAGGUCACGGAUGGCAUCGGCGCACUCUUUCUAACAUACUGCACGCUUCUCUCUCGUACACUUUACGACGUCAGCCAAAUUUUCAAAGGAGUUUCAUUUGAAUACCGCUAGAUGAAGCAUCAAUCAGCUUGAAAGAACAAAGGAACAGUGAUAUAGGUAGGAUUGAAUUUGCCUCUCAUAUUCGAUCCUGAAAGUUGGUUGGCACAUUAAUUUGUUAGGUCUGCUCCACGGAAUGGAGAUGCGGGUUCGAAUCCUGCCGGUGCCCAUUUUUCCUUUCUCUCAAGGUGUUUAGCAUAAUUAUACAGGGUAUUGGGACUUUCCUUUUCAGAGUCAACUGCGUUUGCAGUACCAAAACUAGUUUGCGGCAAAACAACACCAAAAAUGUAAUAAAUAAAUUAAGGAAAAAUAUGCACUAUUAAUUUGCUUUUCGAUUCAAAGACAGGAGUUUCAUUACAUGUUUAUACAUUUGCAACAUUUGGGGCUAAGUCUUCAACCGUGUUCAACCAGACGGCCUUUGCAAGAUAUAAACAAACAUAUGCAGCUCUGAUGGAAAGAAGCAUCGGGGACGAUGGCGACGUUCUGAAUACAAUCGUGGGGAAUCAAUAGGAUCUUGAAGAUGCUCAUAUCAAAUCAAUAACUACGGUAUUGCUCUAGGAAUGUGCCAAUUUCGGUUUUUCCGACGCGGCUUGUGUAUAAACUAUAUUAACCUAGACACGACGCGACGUCUGAUUUGGAUAUUGACUCAUAUAGUAUUAGUACAUCAUACGUUUUUACGUAGGAAGGGGGGGGGGGGGUUGGCAGGGUCAUACUGGCGAAUUUAUUGCUUUUUGGAACCUAAUAUCUCGGUUAUCUUAAAGAUUUGGUAUAUAUGUUACUAAAAAAUGCUUAUUACUCUGUAAAGGAAAGUCUCAAUGUUGAGGACCAUGUAUGUGAUACUUUGUAAAGAUGUAUGGGAGUAAAAAUCAUUCUGGGACAAUAAAACUAAGGGAAUAGUGACAGAUCAGAGAUGCAUAGAUAUUACAAAUAGUUUUCACGUCAUUGAACCUAUAAUUAUUAUUUUUGUUUUUAGAAAGUAAAGGGUAAAGAGUUUUUUUCUGUUUUUAAUGAUUCGACGGUGGGUUAAUUUGGUUAUUCUACCUCAUAGUAUUUGACAGUUUCUACUGUGUUGUUAUAUAUCACUAUUUCAGAAACAUGCUUAAAACAAUACCGGUUGCUUUUGAAGGGAUCAGUUAGACGUAACAGCUAAGUGUCUCCAAAGCCAGGUUCUGGCUUGAUUAUUUUAUUUAGAUGAUUGAAUAUAGUUACGUUUGGCAUAUUUUUCUGAAAGAUUGGCUUUGGAGAUUGGCUUAGAAUAUUUUACCAUGCAUUUGAGUAUGUUCCAUUUUAUUUUGAUGACUGAUUCGCAUAAGAGAAUGAGUCGUAUAUUGAAAAAACUGUGUUAUAUUUUUAGUUUUUAUUUAUGUCAUGAAGAAUACUUCUUGCAGUAUGGUAUAAUUUAUUUUAAUUACUGUAAAUAAGUUUUAGGUAUCUCAUAAAGGCUGAUCUAUUUUCUUGUAUCAAAGAUAGUGAUAAUAGUGUGUAAAAAUUAUUACUUUAUACUAAAGUAAUACCUAUUUUUCAUAAUGAAUAUUGUAUUGUAGGCUGUCUAUGUUUGUAUGCCUAUGCUGCUUUCUCAAACAAUUAUUAUUUUUUUUUAUAUUCAUUAUAAUUGGAUAAGCAACAUCUUUUACUUUUUUGCUUAUUUUUACGUCAAAAUCAGAUUUUAGGUUUACUUUUCUUUAUACUGUAUGUUAGUGAUAAGCAUGUAUUCAACUAUAUACCUCAUUAGUAAUGUCUAUUACCUCGUUUUUUUGAGGUUCUGUACUCUGAGGAAGAGCAAUAUCAAUAUGUGAUGAAAAAAAAUCAUCUGCACUUCUAUUUUUGUCUGGUAAAAAAUAAUGACUAGAAUAUGAAAUAGAUAGUGUUCAAACAAGUCAAUAUGAAAAUUUUCAAAUUUGUUUUUGUUUGGGAUGGCAGUUUAUGGAGAAAAUAAGAAUCGAAUAUUGACUAUUUUUUGAUGUGCUGCAAUUUUUUUUUUCGAUAUCGUAAGUCUAGUUAUAUUUUUUAUAAAACAUUUUUUUAUAAAGUUUAGUCACGAUUUGGUUGCAUUACACCAUUUUUUUCCAAAACAGGAAAAUGUAAUAAUCGAUAUCAAUAAAUGUUCUUUUCUAC